UUUCAUUUUUGUCCAAAACUAACGUUUUCUCCUUCACAAAUACGAAUAUUAAACAAAAAAAUAAAAGAAAUCAUACAUUAAUAAGAAAAUGUCUCAAAUCCAAAACGUGGAAAUGAUUGGUUGAGUUCUUCUCGUGAUUUCAAGGUUCAGCAAGGGCAAAAUGGUCAUCAAGGGCAUGACAUAAUUAUAUAGGAUAUCUUAUCUACCAUGUCUUGACAGUUUCUGCUAAUACAAUUCUAAAGGCUCAGCUGAUUUUCCAAAGCUAUCACCACUCCUCAUGGAUGCAGAGGAAGUCUUGAACCUCUUUGAUUCAUGCUGGUUUGGGUACAAAACUUCGAAGGAACGCACAAGUUCAUCAACACCGACAAAUUCUCAUGAAAAUUCAGAUCAUGAAAUAAAAGAAGAACCAUCAGAACCAAUGCUUUUGCGCUUCCAAAGCACUCACAACAGGUCCAUGAGCGACCAGUUGAGUUCCAUGACAUGUUUCAACGAUGAUUCUCUUUCCCCAGACUCAGUCUUUUCGCCAAAGCUUCAAACCAUUCUCUCGGGAAAAGAUGUCACAGACUCAGACGUACAGGUGCAGCAUGAAGUGUUGCCUAAGAAGAGGGAAAGGAAGAAGAAAAGGCAAAGCAAGAGUUUGUCAGACCUUGAAUUUGAGGAGUUAAAAGGGUUCAUGGAUCUGGGGUUUGUUUUCUCAGAGGAAGAUAAAGACUCUAGUUUGGCUUCAAUCAUUCCUGGCUUGCAAAGGUUAGGGAAGAGUGACGAGGAAGAAGAGGAUUGUGAUGGGUCUGCAGUACAAAGACCUUACCUUUCGGAAGCGUGGAAGGUUCAAGAAAAAAGUAAGAAAGAGAACUCUCUCGUGAAUUGGAAAAUUCCUGCCCUGAACAAUGAAAUUGACAUAAAAGAUAGUCUCAGGUGGUGGGCUCAUACUGUUGCUUCCACUGUUAGAUGAUCAAGUUUUGUAAUUCCAGUUUUUCUUGUACUACAUAUUUUGCUUAUAUCUCAGAAAUUUUGUUUAA